AGAGAACACUUGCCGCAUGUCAUCCAGCAACAACAGCGAUCGAACUGCCUUCAUUCUGGAUGAGCGAUUCUGUGAGAAACAUCGUGUUACUGAAAUGAACUGGUACGAAACAGUGCGGGACUUGUAAAGCUGAUAACAGACACCAGAUUUGAACGGGAAAACGUCGACCAUUUUCUUUAGAUACAACAGAUGUAUAAUCAAUGUUCUGGAAGAAAGUUGCAAGAACUCCUUAACUUUUGGGCAUCAUUCAGUCAAAUAUGGAAACUGACGCGAUUUCAUUAUGGCGGUCAGCUGGAAAUCAUGUAUAUGCUUGCCACCGAAAACGGCUACUCUUUUGAUUGCCAUGUACUACAUCAUACUUUCUGUUACUGUAACAAUUUUCGCAAGCAUUGGCUACAGUGUCCUAACACCGAUAAAUAUGAUGAAAACAGAAAAGGGAAGAAAAGAAGCCAGCGAAGGGGAUGAAGUACUUCUGGAGGGCAUAACAUCUGCUAAGAUUCUGCUAGUUACUCUCAUCCUGACCAGCGUUCUCUGCUUCCUGGCAAACAUAAUGAUGAUUGUUGGAGUCACACAGGAUAAGGCACAGUGGAUAUACCUGUGGAUUAAUGCGCAUGUCUUCAUUCUUGGGGCACACAUCUUGGUUUGCUUCUGCAAUAUGUUCCUGGAGUUGCCAGAUGAACUGCAGAAGAAAUGCUCCAUUUAUGGAACCGUCGCGAACAUCAGUAAGUCGGGAACGUCUUCUGAAUAUUAUAUACCUGUUCAGUCCGUACCUCACAGGAAAUACAUUUCGUCUCCUCUACGAAGACCAACCGGUUACUGCUGUUUAGGGAAACAAUCUCUGUUUAUUCCAUGAACCAUAAGAAGCACACAAAGACACUGUGUGGGUAGAAUGCAGAGUUUAUUUAGUAUGUUAAGGCAGGUGGUGCAUGUAGUAGCCGCUGGGCUUUACAGCCUUAAAAUACAUUUAAAAUAUAAAUUCCUGGUUUACACGGUUUGGAAUUACAUGAAUCCAUAGAUGCACGGAGAAACAAAUACAGUUUUCCUUUUAUGUAAACAGUCUAUGCACUUUUACUUCUACGGUCAUUGGUACUGGACACAUAGGGUUUAUGUAUUGUAAUAUAUUUUAAUAUGGUUUUUAGUCAUGCGUUGUAUUAUACAUACAUUUACUCAUAUAAAUUUAAGUAUCCAUUGAAGUGAACGUAAGAGUAAUAAAAAAUU